AUGGACCACAGCAACGACGGAAAUUCCUCCUCGGAGGUCCUAGAUGCCAUGCGGAUGGACGUCGACUCGGAACCCUCUGAGUCCCAGUCUCAGACUCACCCCCGCCUCGGAUCGCCAACACCCCCCGACAACGCGAUGACCUCGAGCACCAUGCGAGCUCGGUCAGUUCCCGCAGGUUCACUACCAAACAGGGUGGGAUAUGUCUACUCGGCGGAAAUGAGCCAGCAUUUCUGCCCAAGAGGGCACCCAGAAUGCCCAGAUCGUCUCCUCCAUAUAUGGGAUGCUCUCCGAGCCGCGCAACUACAUACUCAGAUGCGAUGCUUACCAAUCCGUCAAGUAAAACGCGAGGAAGCGAUGCUCGUUCACUCAGAAGACCACUGGAAUAAAGUGGAAUCUAUACAAUAUUUGACGGAGGACCAGAUAGCUGACUCUGAAGACUAUUACGAGCAGUUGUCACUCUAUGUUAUGUCAGGGACAACGCGUUCAGCUCGUCUCAGUUGUGGUGGUGUCAUUGAAGCGACACUAGCGGUCGCUCGAGGGGAGUUACAGAAGUCGUUCGCCAUAGUAAGGCCCCCAGGGCAUCACGCAGAGCCAGACGAACACAUGGGCUUCUGCUUCUUCAACAACGUCGCCGUAGCUGCUCGAGUAGUCCAACAACUCACUAAAAUCAAGAAGAUCCUUAUUUUAGACUGGGACAUUCAUCACGGUAAUGGUACACAACGGGCCUUCAACGACGAUCCGUCGAUACUCUAUAUGUCCCUCCAUCGGUAUGAUAACGGGACGUUCUACCCGUGUGGUCCUUUUGGUUGUUUGGACUCCUGCGGGGAAGGCCCCGGCCUUGGAUUUUCCGUCAAUGUACCGUGGCCAUCCGCUGGGAUGGGCGACGCAGAUUAUCUUCUCGCAUUCCAGAAAAUUAUAAUGCCAAUAGCCAUGGAAUUUGCUCCGGAAUUGGUUAUAAUCUCUGCUGGUUUCGAUGCAGCAGCGGGUGAUGAAUUGGGACAGUGCUUCGUUAGCCCAGCUGGAUAUGCUCAUAUGACCUACAUGCUCUCUGGUCUGGCAAGAGGCAAACUUGUCGUUGCUUUAGAGGGUGGUUACAACCUCGAUUCCAUAUCCCAGUCGGCAUUGGCAGUGACACGCGUUAUCUUGGGAGAGCCGCCGGAGGAACUCCCGCCAAUGGUGGCCAGUGAAACUGCUACUGAGACGAUAUGGAUGGUGGCUAAGGAGCAAAGUAAAUAUUGGAAGUCUGUUGAUCCAGUAUCUUGCGAACCAACAAGAGAAGAUGUUGACAGUCUGGCCUUCUCAAUACCUGAAAUUCUCAAAGCCCAUCGCCAACAUUACCUCUACUCCCAGUACGAUAUGUUGACAGUGCCGUUCCCGCCUCAUCUUGAAGCACGCUUUUCGGAACAGGUUUCUUUCAGUAAGGAUUUCAUGACUAACAACACCCUUGUCUGUUUCAUCCACCAAUCUGGGAACAUCCGUGCAGAAUUGGAUGCGUCGGCACGAUGUGAUCUUGAGCUCGAAAAAUCAUAUUUGAUCGACUAUUCAAAACAACUCCUCGAUUGGGCUCACGGCGAAGGGUUUUCAAUCCUAGACAUUAAUUCAUACCCGAAGCCUGUAGUCGAACCAGUUGUAAAUGGGCGACCAAGGGUGCCAGACGGAUCAGGUCGCGAGCUGAUCACUUACCUCUGGGAUAACUUCGUCUCGAUAUCGAACGUACGGCGCGUUAUCAUUAUUUCCCAUGGGCCUGGCUCUCAACUACUCAUGGAGCUCAUUAACGAGCGAUCUACGACGGUUAUGCGAAUGGUUAAGGCCAUCGUGCAGAUUGUUGGCUUGUCACGGACUCCUGCUGUGCCGAGAUAUGCAGACGAUGUGCGAUCGUGGUACAUAAAGCAUUCCUUGGUUGUCUUGCCGUCUUCCCAUGCCAUUGUCGACGCUCGAUCCAAGAAGGUUUUCUCCAAGCACGGUUCAAUAACCACCUUCGACGAGACUCAACCUGCAAAACUCAUGAUACGUGCCUUCCCUACAAUUAAAGACUUCGUACACGAAGCCCUGCAACGCUCCCCGCUCAACAACGCGACAAGUCGGCUGAAUAAUUCCGCUAGAUAG